AUGCAGCAAGAGCGCUUUUAUCGUGACACAUAUGCGGUUUUGUCGAACGUUGAUUUCAUUCUUUUGCGCGUGGAGUUCCUCCUCCUGUAUAAGAAGUUAAUACCUAACCUCUUGCUUUUAUUAACCGGCUUCGAUAUGACCUCUGAGGUUGGUAUUGCUUUACAAAGAAGGGAGAUAUUUUCUGUUGAAGAACUAUCCUUCCAUGCUGCCAAGGGUUUUCGAAUAUUUUUAAAAGUUAUUAAUCUAUUUGCGCCUUAUCGAGAGCAGCGCCCACUAUUGGUACGUAUUUUGUCGCGUGAAAUCUAUAUAAUUGCUUGCAUUUUAACGCAACUCUCUGGUCUCCUUCUCAUUUGGAUUGGUUUAAUCGCAAAGGAGCACAAUCUAACAUACUUUGUGGUCAAUGUCUUCCUAAUCGUUCCGGGCCUCAUGCAUCAUCGGAUUUUUUCACGAACUUGGUCAGUUUUAAAGCCCUAUGUCGAUCAAAUCGAAGCAGAAUUUGAUCGAGGCCAGAUUGAGUCAGUUGCCGAAAGAGAGGCGGGAGAGAGGGAGCUUUGGGAACCUCUUGCUACCUCUUCAUUUUUUCACCAACCUGAACGAAGGUAUGAAGGCUCUCCAGGUCGUUUUGACACUUUUGACGUGGAUGUCGAUGACUAUGAUGCUUCUGAAUCGCAGUUUAUCCAAAGUUUUAUCCCACAUCGUCUUAAGCUGUCGAAGGAGAAGAACAAGGUUGCACUGGACGCAAUGACUCGGGAAAUAAUGGAGACCUGUAGGAAUCAAGAAGAGAUUGAUGAGUGGUUCUCAGAGGUCACGCAAGAUCCGAAGCACCCAGAAAAACGCACCCGAAGUGCCAGCAUGACCGAAAAUCGGACUGGCGGGACUGGUCACAGUUCGCCUAAUGCCACUAGUGGCGCCGCCGGGGAUCACACAUUCAAUAGCGAACUUGAUUCUGCUGCGUGGGAGGAGUUCUCGGUAAGUUACUUGCGUCACUGCUUUAAUCUUUGCUCAAGCGCCUUCUUUAAUGAUAGUGUACCACAAGUAAACGGAGCUAUGGUUAUUCUUGACGAUCUCAUAAACAUGCAAAUUGGGGAUGCUACUGUAAGCACACCUAAACGCCAAGUUAUACAUAUCCAAGUGUUUCUUGUCAUAUAA